UCCUGCUGCUAUGCCACAGCUGGGUCUUCACUUGCUGAGCCAGGUUCAGAAGAGGAGACGGAGACACAGAACAGUCUUCACAGAGAGGCAGCUUGAGGAGUUGGAAAACCUCUUCAACAAGACCAGCUACCCAGACAGCAGCGCCAGGGAGUCCCUGGCCAGGACCACCCACCUCUCUGAAGAAACAAUCAAGGUCUGGUUCAAAAACCGUCGGGCGAAGAUGAGGAAAGAAAAGAUGUCUCUCUUGGAGCGGUUGGACAGUUCAAGUGAGUGCAACGGCACAGAGACAGUAGACAAAUGCCCUAAACAGUUACUGCACAUCGACAUCAAUUCAUGA